AUGAGGAAAUUGCAAGAUCGUCUUCUAUACCGGGUUGUAGACAUACAACAUGAUAUAUUGUGUGACCAUGGUGUCCGGCUACCAUACAAACAAGCAUGGAUAGGUAAAGAGGUGGCAAAAGGAAUUCUCCAUGGAAACGACGUUGCAAGUUAUGAUCUGUUGAUAUGGUAUGCAAGUAAGGUUUCCGAAACCAACCCAGGUUUUAAGCGUGGUUGUAGACCCAUGCUAUUCCUCGAUGGCACCCAUUUGCUAGGUAAAUAUGGUGGCAUCCUACUAGGCGCAACUGCAAAGGAUGUAUAUGGUGAAGAUGACUACCACAAAAUCAUUACAUUCAUUUCAGACCGUUCUAAGGGACUUGUUAAUGCUAUUGCCAAAGUCUUCCCCUCUGCCCCACAUGGCUACUGUUUGCGACGUCUCCAAGCAAACUUUUUGAAGGCUAAUGGUCACCUAGGGAAAGGAUUAAAAGAUGAGUGUUGGAGGUUGGUUGUUAAGAUUGCAUAUGCAUGCACAUCUUCAGAGUAUGAUGCAACUGUGGGUGCGUUGUUAACGGCAUCAACACAGGCCCAUAAUUGGUUAUUUCAAAAGUCGGACAUGAUGCAUUGGCGCAAUUACUUGUUUAGAGGACAACGUUGGGGCGAGAUGUAUUCGAAUGUGGCAGAGUUUUUCAAUUCAUGGAUUAAGGAGGCACGACAUCUACCUGUCUGUAACAUGGUUGACGCGAUAAGGUUCAAGAUGAUGAACCUAAUGUACAAGCGGCGCGAGAAUAGCAUGAAAUGGGAAACCCAUCUUUGCCCGGAGAUUCACAAGAAGAUUGAAAAGACUAUUGAAGAAAGAGAUGCUUAG